AUGGCAGCAGCCACGGACGUGGAUUUGGUGGACGACCUCGACGACAUCGACAUCGACAUCGACGACUUCGACGUCAUCCAAGCCUUGGAUUUCGACCUGCUGGCCGACGACGAUCGAGAGUUCCGCGGCGGCGGCGCUUACUACUCCGCCAUCUUUUCCGACGCCGACAUUGUUAGACACUUCAGGCACGGCUGCGAAGACGGCGACGGCGACGGCGACAGUGGCGCGGCAGCCACGUGUGGCUGGCUCCUGGCGGGGCUGGGCGACGACGACGACUGCGGCGACGGGGCGGAAGAAGAAGAAGCAGGGUCGUCUUCGUCGGCGGACUCCGGCAUCACGUACGACGGGCCCCUGGCACCGGCGGCGGGGGACGACGCCGACGCCGAGGCCAUGUCGGCGUACGUGGCCGAGCUGGAGCGGUUCCUCCUGGACGACGACGAACAGCCGGAGGUGGAUGAGAGCCUUCUCGGCGUCGUCGACGACUACUUCGCCGGUGACCAGCUACUUGCCACCGCCGAGGUCGUCCCGGCGGCGGGCGGUGCUGCUGGGCGGACUGAGGGAGAGGAGGAGGAGGAGGAGGAGAAGGGCGACGGCGGCGAAGACGUUCUUGCCGCGCGAGAGGACGAACAAUCGGACUCGAGGAAGCGCGCAAGGUACGAGUAA